CGCCAUGAAACCCAAAGAAGAAAGAGGAAGUAGAUUUGGAGACUAAUUUGUUUUGGUUAUGAACAUUCCUUGCGGAUUCAAUACUUACUGACUGGACGGAAUAGGCCGACUACCCACCUCACUCAGUCGAAAAUGUCUAAACUACAGUCGUUUCGUGUGUUUUUAAAUGAGCGUUUAACGGCGGCUGCCCUGGAGAUUUUCGUGGCAGUUGAGAAAACGGUGGCAGAGUACAAGGAGGAGAAUGAUCGGCUACGGAGACUGCUGCGGAUCACACCGAAGAUAAAACUAAGUAGAAUUGACUCCCUACAGCUCUCUCUUGCUGUCUCUGAAGAGGUUCCCUUUGAGCAGCAGCACUGUGAGCAGGAGUGGAGCACAAGACUGGGGCUGGAGGAUCCAGAGCCCACACAGAUUAAAGAGGAACAGGAGGAACUCUGUACCAGUCAGGAGAAAGAGACGCUUCAAGGGAUGGAGGCUGAUAUCAUAGAGUUCAAAUUCACUCCUUGUGUGAAAAGUGAAUGUGAUCAGGACACACUUCAGUCCUUGACUCUUCCCCAAACCCAGACUGUGGAGAACAGAGAUAGUGACUCUAAACUAGUGGAUCUCAAACCUUUUGGCAAUGUGACCCACCUAAAUAAUCAAAACAAUGACUCCAGCCACACCACGUCUAUAAAAACUCAACGCUGCCGUGACUGUGGUGAAACAUUUGCUUUGAAAGCUGACCUGCAGAGGCAUUUGACUCUCACUAAGAUGAGACCCAAGGAAUGCAGAUUCUGCAAAAAACACUACAACUCCACCUGUAAACUGAAGGCCCAUGUCCGACUCUGUCACGUGGAUAAACCCUGCUCCAUUUGUGGCAAAACCUUUAAAUACAAAGGGGUUCUGUCCAGGCACAUGAGGACUCAUACAGGAGAGACAGGAGAGAAACCAUUUAGUUGUGGUGACUGCGGGAAAAGCUUCAAACGCAAGCAGCAUCUAACCAACCAUGUACGGACUCACACAGGAGAAAAACCAUUCAGCUGUGGAGACUGUGGUAAAAGCUUCAUUCAGAAGGGACAUCUAACCGAACAUAUUCGAACCCAUACAGGAGAGAAACCAUUUAGCUGUGAUGACUGUGGGAAAAAAAGCUUUAAUCAGAAGUGGCUCCUAACUGAACAUAUACGGACUCACACAGGGGAGAAACCAUUUAACUGUAGUGACUGCGGGAAAAGCUUUAGUUACAAGGGGGACUUAAGGAGGCAUAUGCUGACUCACACAGGAGAGAAACCAUUUAGCUGUGGUGACUGCGGAAGAUGUUUCAAUCAUAAGGGGCACCUAAGGAAGCAUAUAUUGACUCACACAGGAGUGAAACCAUUUAGCUGUGGUGACUGUGGGAAAAGCUUCAAUCAGAAGGCGGCCCUAAAGACACACAUACUGACUCACACAGGAGUGAAACCAUUUAGCUGUGGUGAUUGUGGGAAAAGCUUCUAUCAGAAGGGACACCUGAAUGAACAUAUUCGGACUCACACAGGAGAGAAACAACAUGUCUGCUCAGUAUGUGGUAAAGGAUUCACUCAGAAGGCUCAUCUGGUGAGGCAUAUAAAUAACGUCCACAAAGAAAGGAAACAGGACGAAAACAGGAAAUAAGAAAGAAAUUAGGAGAAAGAUCUUUUGUCAGAUUAAAAAGGCAGUAUGUGGACAGGACAACACUCCUAAGAAAACACAAAUAAAAGCUAAAUAAGUGUGGGUCAUUCAUGCUGUAGGUUUCAGAUAAAUAGAGGAAUGAUAUUCUGUCGGCCUACAAUUGGGGUAAGUGUAGCGAACAUAGUGCCACCACUACCAACCUUGUUAGCGUAAUGGUUUUGGACCUCUGGUGUAAUAUUUGAGGGGUAUGACUGAUAGUCGCAGGAACUGGGUUUGAGUGCUGGUAUUUUUUUUCUUAUUUUUUUACCAUGUCAUUCUUAAUCCAGCCCCGCCCUAGGUCUUUGGUGGCUCAGAUUGCUUAUCUAGCUAAAUACACUGCUCAAAAAAAUAAAGGGAACACUAAAAUAACACAUCCUAGAUCUGAAUGAAUGAAAUAUUCUUAUUAAAUACUUUUUUCUUUACAUAGUUGAAUGUGCUGACAACAAAAUCACACACAAAUUAUCAAUGGAAAUCAAAUUUAUCAAUCCAUGGCGGUCUGGAUUUGGAGUCACACUCAAAAUUAAAGUGGAAAACCACACUACAGGCUGAUCCAACUUUGAUGUAAUGUCCUUAAAACAAGUCAAAAUGAGGCUCAGUAGUGUGUGUGGCCUCCACGUGCCUGCAUGACCUCCCUACAACACCUGGGCAUGCUCCUGAUGAGGUGGCGGAUGGUCUCCUGAGGGAUCUCCUCCCAGACCUGGACUAAAGCAUCCGCCAACUCCUGGAUAGUCUGUGGUGCAACGUAGCGUUGGUGGAUGGAGCGAGACAUGAUGUCCCAGUUGUGCGCAAUUGGAUUCAGGUCUGGGGAACGGGCGGGCCAGUCCAUAGCAUCAAUGCCUUCCUCUUGCAGGAACUGCUGACACAUUCCAGCCACAUGAGGUCUAGCAUUGUCUUGCAUUAGGAGGAAGCCAGGGCCAACUGCACCAGCAUAUGGUCUCACAAGGGGUCUGAGGAUCUCAUCUCGGUACCUAAUGGCAGUCAGGCUACCUCUGGCGAGCACAUGGAGGGCUGUGCGGCCCCCCAAAGAAAUGCCACCCCACACCAUGACUGACCCACCGCCAAACCGGUCAUGCUGGAGGAUGUUGCAGGCAGCAGAACGUUCUCCACGGCGUCUCCAGACUCUGUCACGUCUGUCACAUGUCCGUGUGAACCUGCAUUCAUCUGUGAAGAGCACAGGGCGCCAGUGGCGAAUUUGCCAAUCUUGGUGUUCUCUGGCAAAUGCCAAACGUCCUGCACGGUGUUGGGCUGUAAGCACAACCCCCACCUGUGGACGUCGGCCCCUCAUACCACCCCCAUGGAGUCUGUUUCUGACCGUUUGAGCAGACACAUGCACAUUUGUGGCCUGUCGGAGGUCAUUUUGCAGGGCUCGGGCAGUGCUCCUCCUUGCACAAAGGCGAAGGUAGCGGUCCUGCUGCUGGGUUGUUGCCCUCCUACGGCCUCCUCCACGUCUCCUGAUGUACUGGCCUGUCUCCUGGUAGCGCCUCCAUGCUUUGGACACUACGCUGACAGACAUCGCAAACCUUCUUGCCACAGCUCGCAUUGAUGUGCCAUCCUGGAUGAGCUGCACUACCUGAGCCACUUGUGUGGGUUGUAGACUCCGUCUCAUGCUACCACUAGAGUGAAAGCACCGCCAGCAUUCAAAAGUGACCAAAACAUCAGCCAGGAAGCAUAGGAACUGAGAAGUGGUCUGUGGUCACCACCUGCAGAACCACUCCUUUAUUGGGGGUGUCUUGCUAAUUGCCUAUAAUUUCCACCUUUUGUCUAUUCCAUUUGCACAACAGCAUGUGAAAUGUAUUGUCAAUCAGUGUUGCUUCCUAAGUGGACAGUUUGAUUUCACAGAAGUGUGAUUGACUUGGAGUUACAUUGUGUUGUUUAAGUGUUCCCUUUAUUUUUUUGAGCAGUGUAUAUUGUUCUGAACUGUUUGAUUUGUCUUCCUAAUCAUGUUUCUUUAAAUAUAUAUUAUUUAUAACCACAGUAAGGAAAGGUGAUAGAUAGCCUAUGGAUAUUUUGCUCUGAACUUGCCACCCGAAGCAGUUUUAGUCAGGGACCAUAUUUUAGUCCUGUUUUAGGCUUCUCAAAUAUAUACAAAUACAUCAUACAACGGAGCAUAUGUAUUCCAUUCUCUGUAUAGUGAACAGAAGAUUACAUUUUAAUAUACAUGACCUUGAACAGCAGAGGAAAAUAAAAGUGCUUGCUAAAUGCUGAUGGAGUGCUGAACUGCCAAAUAGAGAUACCCUGUUAAUUCUAUCCAUCAUUUUAGUGAGCCUAAAACACGAUAUACUCUAAAAGAAUUUGUCUAAUUUAAUUUGUGCAAUCAACUAUUAUCCAUGAGUGCUGUAGCUAUGCAAAGGUAUUCCUGUGAUAAACAUUACAGCAGCAAUUUGGUAUAGACUUAAUUUGAUCUGAUUUCAAGGGCAGAAGCAAACCAAAAAAGCAACUUAUUAAGGGUAAAUGAGAAUGUGUGCAACAGGGUGAGAGUUGUCCUACUUUCGAAAACACAAAUGCUGUUUAUUACUUGCCACAUCAGGCUUGUUGUUUGGGGGCUUACACUAAUUCUGUAAAAUUACCUAUGUGACAAUAUCUCUUUUUUUUUUGCCUGCCUGCCAGGAAUUGCAUUGAAUCGAUUAAUCAGAUCCAUGAUUAGUUGAGUCCAGGGUUCAAAAUAAUGACUCGAUGUACCUACAGUUGAAGUCGGAAGUUUACAUACACUUAGGUUGGAGUCAUUAAAACUCAUUUUUCAACCACUCCACAAAUUUCUUGUUAACAAACUAUAGUUUUGGCAAGUCUUUUAGGACAUCUACUUUUUCCAACAAUUGUUUACAGAUUAUUUCACUUAUAAUUCACUGUAUCACAAUUCCAGUGGGUCAGAAGUUUACAUUCCGUAAUUUCCGGACUAUAAGCCGCUACUUUUUCCCACGCUUUGAACCUCGCGGCUUAUACAAUGACGCGGCUAAUUUAUGGAUUUUUCCCGCUUUCACAAGAUUCAUGCCGCCAAAAAACUGAGCACCGUCACAUAAUGUGACGUAAAUCAAAAAGACAACAAAAGCUUUCAGAGGGAAGAAAAGCAGAUGGCCCGAACUAGAAAAUGAGCUUGAAGACUGGGUCAACACAUAGAGAGCAGACGGCCAAGGUGUUUCAACUGUGCAGAUCCGACUGAAAGCCAAAACAAAUCGCCACCGCAAUGAAGUUUGAGCAUUUUAGGUAGGCACCUGCGGCUUAUAGACAUGUGCGGCUUAUUUAUGUACAAAAUACAUAUAUUUUUUAAAUUCAGUGUGUGCGGCUUAUAUUCAGGUGCGCUUAAUAGUCCAGAAAUUACGGUACACUAAGUUGACUGUGCCUUUAAACCGCUUGGAAAAUUCCAGAAAAUGUCAUGGCUUUAGAAGCUUCUGAUAAAUUAUGUCAAUUAGUCUGAGUCAAUUUGAGGUGUACCUGUAGAUGUAUUUCAAGGCCUACCUUCAAACUCAGUGCUUCUUUGCUUGACCUCAUGAGAAAAUCAAAAGAAAUCAGCCAAGACUUCAGAAAAACAAUUGUAGACCUCCACAAGUCUGGUUCAUCCUUGGGAGCAAUUUCCAAAUGCUUGAAGGUACCACGUUCAUCUGUACAAACAAUAGUACGCAAGUAUAAACACCAUGGGACCACGCAGCCGUCAUACCGCUCAGGAAGGAGACGCGUUCUGUCUCCUAGAGAUGAACGUACUUUGGUGCGAAAAGUGCAAAUCAAUCCCAGAACAACAGCGAAGGACCUUGUGAAGAUGCUGGAGGAAAUAGGUACAAAAGUAUCUAUAUUCACAGUAAAAUGAAUCCUAUAUCGACAUAACCUGAAAGGCCGCUCAGCAAGGAAGAAGCCACUGCUCCAAAACCGCCAUAAAAAAGACUACGGUUUGUAACUGCACAGGGGAACAAAGAUUGUACUUUUUGGAGAAAUGUCCUCUGGUCUGAUGAAACAAAAAUAAAACUGUUUGGCCAUAAUGAUCAUUGUUAUGUUAGGAGGAAAAAGGGGGACGCUUGCAAGCCGAAGAACACCAUCCCAACCGUGAAGCACGGGGGUAACAUCAUGUUGUGGGGGUGCUUUGCUGCAGGAGGGACUGGUGCACUUCACAAAAUAGAUGGCAUCAUGAGGAAAGAAAAGUGUGGAUAUAUUGAAGCAACAUCUCAAGACAUCAGUCAGGAAGUUAAAGCUUGGUCACAAAUGGGUCUUCCAAAUGAACAAUGACCCCAAGCAUACUUCCAAAGUUGUGGCAGAAUGGCUUAAGGACAACAAAGUCAAGGUAUUAGAGUGGCCAUCACAAAGUCCUGACCUCAAUUCUAUAGAAAGUUUGUGGGCAGGACUGAAAAAGUGUGUGCGAGCAAGGAGGCCUACAAACCUGACUCAGUUAUACCAGCUCUGUCAGGAGGAAUGGGCCAAAAUUCGCCCAACUUAUUGUUGGAAGCUUGUGGAACGUUUGACCCAAGUUAAACAAUUUAAAGGCAAUGCUACCGAAUACUAAUUGAAUGUAUGUAAACUUCUGACCCACUGGGAAUGUGAUGAAAGAAGUAAAAGCUGAAAUAAAUAAUUCUCUAUUAUUAAUCUGACAUUUCACAUUCUUAAAAUAAAGUGGUGAUCCUAACUGACCUAAAACAGGGAAUUUUGACUCGGAUUAAAUGUCUUUAAAUUGUGAAAAACUGAGUUUAAAUAUAUAUAUAGUGUCAGUAGUAUUUUGUUUUCUCUUGGUGUCUUUCUUUAAUACAACUCUUAUUUUGUAUUUUGAAUUUAAUGUAACAUCUUAUGUUAUUGUCUUACUGUUCUGUGCUUGGUCAUCUCUUUGUAUGUUUUAUGUGGACCCCAGGAAGAGUGCUGCAUGUACAGUAGUUAAUGGUAAUCCUAAUAAACUAAACAUCUGAUUGUG